UCUUUCUUCACAUAAGGAUAAAAUGCGGUCACUACCGUAUCUACUCCGCUCACUCUCUCGACACUAUCCCCAAUAUCAAACAUCGUCUUAUCCUCACCUCACCUUUCUCCUCCGUUACAUGGCUACCUCAGCCGAGCUCAUCAACCCAUCUACUACUCGGCUCGGAUGGAUCGGCACCGGCGUGAUGGGUCGAUCUAUGUGUGCUCAUCUAAUCAACGCCGGCUACACUCUCACCGUCUUUAACAGAACCAUCUCCAAAGCCCAACCACUCGUUGACAUGGGCGCACGCCUAGCUCAAUCCCCACACGACCUUGCCGCUCAAUCCGAUAUCGUUUUCUCCAUCGUCGGCUACCCUUCCGACGUCCGCCAAGUCCUGCUCGAUCCUACCACCGGAGCUCUUUCUGGCCUCCGUCCCGGCGGGAUACUCGUCGACAUGACCACAUCGGAGCCUUCUCUCGCCGUCGAAAUAUCCGCCGCCGCUUCAUCUAAGAGCUGUUCCUCGAUUGACGCGCCUGUUUCCGGCGGCGACCGCGGUGCCAAGAACGGGACACUUGCGAUAUUCGCUGGCGGAGACGAAGCUGUUGUGAACCGAUUAAAUCCCCUUUUUACCCUCAUGGGAAAAGUCAAUUACAUGGGGCCGAGUGGGAAAGGCCAAUUCGCGAAACUGGCGAAUCAAAUCACAAUAGCAUCGACGAUGGUCGGAUUAGUGGAAGGAAUCAUCUACGCACACAAAGCAGGGCUCAAUGUGCCGUCAUUUUUGGACGCGAUAUCCAUCGGGGCGGCCGGCUCGAAAUCGCUGGAUCUGUACGGGAGCAGAAUCUUGAAGAGGGAUUUCGAACCGGGCUUCUUCGUGAACCAUUUCGUAAAGGAUUUGGGGAUUUGUUUAAAGGAAUGUCAAAGCAUGGGACUUGCUUUGCCCGGUUUGGCUCUGGCUCAACAGCUUUAUUUGUCGCUUAAGGCUCAUGGGGAAGGGAAUCUGGGUACCCAAGCUUUGAUUUUGGCUUUGGAGAGGCUCAAUAAUGUGACCCUUGGUUCUUAAACCUGGUAAAGUGUUGAAUUUCUAGUAAUACUACAUUAAUGAACCAUGCUCGACUACUAUGUCAAAC